UUUCAUGAUGUUGUUAAUAAUAUAUUCAACGUAAUUGUAUUAAAAUAUAGAUCAAAACUAAUCAAUCACCGAAAGAAUUUUUGAAAUCCGUCAAUAAAUGACUUAGAAAUAGAUUAUUGAAGUUUACGUAUUUUAGUACGGAACGUCUGAAGUUUCCGAUUCGCCUGUGACGUCAUUUGACCUAUUCGAUAUCACCGCACCACGAAUCAUUCAAGUAUUAGUUUCAGAGUCGCGAAGGGCUCUUGCUUCGUUCGUCUUUAUUUACGUACCGUCGUUUGUUUCUUUUUUAUUUAUGAGUGUGUAGUUUUUAUUUCACUAUAAUGGAAGAUGGCUUCGUCAAAGGACAAAGUGAUAAUUUGCCUCAUAUUGAUAUAUACACAGUGAUGGACUUUUUUUCUUCAAAUCCGUCUUAUGUUAGUGCCGAAAUAAAAGGAGUUAAACUUUUUAAGGCCGGUCGAGCAUCUUACCGAGAUGAAGCUAUUGGAUAUGUUCAAGUGAAACGUAAGGGCUUUAAAUGUACAGUGAAAUGCAGAAUUUCACCUGAACAUAAAGUAAGAAGUAAGCCUUAUCACUGCACGUUGGUUUGUGAUGAAAACGAAGGAAUGGUGGAAAGUGUAGUCUGUCAUGAUUGUCCUGCUAAUCAAGGAGGGUGCAAACACACUGUCGCAUUUUUGAUAUGGCUCUUUAAAAGAACUGAGGAACCUGCCACUACGUCAAUAAAAUGUUACUGGACAAAACCAGCACUUUCUAAAGUUGGAAGUCAUAUUAAAUUUAUAAAAGCUAAGGAUUUUAAAAACAAAAAGUUUUCUGAUUUAAAUAUUACUGAAGAUACAACCUUUUUUAAUAAAUUCGUAACAGAAUGUAAAAAUCGUAAAACUAACAACGUGCAAAUAAUGACCUACUUUAUGGAUAUCAACAUUGAGUUGAAAGUUUCACUUCACUAUCUGAUCUGUAAAUACAAAAGUGAAAAAGACGAAUUUAGUGUGAACAACUUUAUAAAAUUUUGCAUGGACAAUAUUACUGAAGAACAAUGUGUUUCGAUAGAAAAAGCGACAAAAGAUCAAUCUGCCGCUUCUCUGUGGUUUGAACUCCGAUACGGCAGGAUCACGGCUUCUAUAGCUUAUGAAGCAUCAAAAUGUAAUACUGCGGAUGGUAUACUUGUAGAAAAAAUUUUAGGAGCUUAUCAAUUUAAAGAACCGUUUGCUAUACAAAGAGGUAAACUUCUUGAAGACCAAGUCAGAGCACAAAUAGAAAUUAUUAAAAAAGUCAAGAUCAGGAAGUGCGGUCUUUUUUUGACAAAGGAACAUCCUAUGUUAGGGGCCUCGCCUGAUGGCAUAACAGAAGAACAUACUAUUGAAAUUAAAUGUCCACUGAAAACUGAAACCAUGAAAAAAUACAUUAACAAUGCAAAAUUGUCAGCAAAAUGUGAAGCUCAAGUACAACUACAAAUGCACUUCGCGAAUAAAUCAAAAGCCUUUUUUUGCAUUGCUCAUGCAGAUUUUGAGACAUCUCAACAAGUUGAUGUUUAUGAAAUUUUUUAUAAUUCAGAUUAUUGUAAAAAAAUAAUUAAUGAAUGUACAUUAUUCUGGAAGCAUAUUUUUAAUGCAAUGAUUAAAUAAAACUCAAUAAGCUUUGA